GUGGACUCCACAAGGAGAUCCCUCAGGGGGGAAAGAGAGAGAAGAGAGAUUACUAGGAGAAGAGGAAAAGCAGCAGAGAGAUGGACUGAGACAGAACCAGAGCUGAGUGAGACCACAGUGAGAGACACAGCCAGCACGGGACUGUGACACAGGUCAAUACAGGCGGAGGAGGCUAUGAUUAAUGACAUUCAAGCUGUGGUGGUGUCUGCAGAUCCAGCCUCCCCAUGUGUAUCCUCCUCCUCCUUCUCCUCCUCCUCCUCCUCCUACAGUUCACUCCUCUCCAUCUGUUAUGAUACAGCUCAACACGACUGUGCUUUCAACCCGUCACAUUGUCCUCCCUCCAUCUGGAGACUACAGCAGCCUGUGGAGCCCCUUAGGAUACAGUUCUACACCCUGAACCAGGGCUUAGUUCAGCACCGCACUGGGGUGGCAGCUGUCGCAGAUUUCAACACUGACCUGACUGGAUCAAAUAGACAUUUUUGGUGUGAAAUUUUCCUUUUUAUUCAGUGUUGACUGGGAACAUUUAAGCUCAGGUGUUUGAUUCACCAAGACCUUUUUUCUGCCCUGUGAUUGAAAGGUGUUGUAAAUAUCUUUGGGCUUUUCCUGCUGUUGGAAGAAGGGAGCUGCUGUGAGGAAUUUUACCUGAGGACUGAGGUGCUUUGGCCAGAUUUCUCACCUGGACACAGAAGAGACAAACAGGAUGGACUUCACUUACUGUUGGCUCCUCACCACAACUCUGAUGUUGUUCCACCAAUAUCAAGCUUCUACCCUCUCUGUUACAAGCCCUGCGGAGGAGGAGGGCCCCCUGGCGCAGCUCACCCACACAGCCCACCGGAGAGAGAAACGCUGCUCUUGCGAGAACCAGAAGGACAAAGAGUGCAUUUUUUUCUGCCACAUUGGCAUCGUCUGGGUCAACACCCCGAGCCAUGUGGUUCCUUAUGGAUUCGGAUCGGUGCGACUCAGGAGGGAGCUCGGCCGCUGCGUCUGCACGGAUACACAGGACGCCAAGUGUAUGAACUUCUGCUCUGUCCCGACACAAACAGAAGGGGAAAAUGCUGUAGUGAAGAGGACGACCGACAAACAACUGAAGAGAUACAGAGCUGCAUUCUGGGAAAAAAGGAGCCGACACGCACUCAAACACCAGACCUGAGAGAGCGGAGGCACCACAGUAACACCAGCUCCUCUGAAACAAAGCCCUUUACAUCAGAAAUAACGAUCUUGGACCCUUUCGUUCGUCUGGCUGCCCUGACGGCAGUUUGGACCUGUACAGUGUUUAUGUAAAUGUAAUGAUGGUGACGUAUUAGAUAGGUGUGCUGACCACUGACAAGCUCAUCUUUUCUCUGUAUCCAAAGCAGCAUAAGCAGGAGUUCAGUGUCCUAGUCAGACAUUUAACCUUUUCAGGGAGUUGAAGGAGUUGAACCUGUGACCUUUCUGUUACCGGAUGAUCUCAGCUGAUUUGUGGCGCUGAGGGACGGGAAAACAUUUCAGCAGUUAAGUCACAGCAGCCUUGAGGAGAAAGGCCCAGAAAUUUACAACUUUUUUUGCUUUUUAAAUUCUAAAUUCUUCCCGGAAAUAUUCUGUGCAAUCUGUUUCUAAUCCACAGUCAAACACAGCUCUGGUGUUGUUGCCUGAAAACCUCACAUCUCCACAAUCCCAAAACCUUUUGUGUUUGUCCAAAUGAGUCUCAGAGGUUUUUCUGAGGCCAAGGUAAAUAUGGUAAAAUACUGAACACACAGAUGAGUCUUGAAAGUUGUUUGAUGAAGGUGAACACAGCAGCAUGGUGGUGAACUGUUUUAAUCUGUGUGUUCACAUACGUCACCUGUGAUAUGAGAUUUGACAAAAGGCUGUCAGAGAGCAUUGACCCCUGUGAUAUAACUUCUAUUCCAUUCUAUUUCUGUCUUCUACAAAUUUAUUAGAAAGGUCAUAAUACUGUAUGGUAGUUAAUCAAACUGCAGCUCAUGGAACUUCACUGCAACUUCACAAAGAGAUGUCAGAAUACUUCCCUAAGAUUUAAUAUGUAGAUUUUGUUUUCCAAGAUUCUUUGGAGCAGUUUCAACACCAUGCACAAUUUAUUAGAUUUGUUAGGUUUUUCCCCAGCUGUGAGCUGCCCCCCUGUUUCCUCUGCUCUGUGACAGAAAAGUGUCCUUCAACCGCACACUGAGAAAUCCAUCCGUAUUUAGUCUGGAUACUUUACUGUGUCACUUUUCUGGGCUGAACACACUUUAAGGUUAAAAUCUGCUCAGAAUCAGUGGGACGUUUGUUUCACAGCAUAUUGAAAUGAGAUGAACAUCGUUAUAGCUUCGAAAAGUGGCCGUUAGGUACAACCUCAUCAUCAUAUGCCUGAGCUGUGAUCUGUUAGAGGUCAAACCUGUUGCACCUGUGACAGUGAGGCUGGUCAGGGCAGGUCGUCCUCCCUCUGUCUCUUCCUCUGAGCUUCCCCCUCACUUUGCCUCCAAGCACAAACCGUCCCAGGGUGUCAUCACUUCUUGAGAUGUGUCUGAAAUAGUGAAGUUUCCUUUCAGUUCCAUGCCAGUCCAGGCUUCUCUGUGUGGAGUUUGCAUGUUCUCCCCGGGUUCUCUCCGGGUACUCCAACUUCAUCCCAUAGUCCAAACACAUGCAGGUUAACUGGUGACUCUAGAUUGAUUGGUGUGAAUGUGAGUGUGAAUGGUUGUUUGUCUCUAUAUGUCAGUCCUGUGAUAGACUGGUGAUCUGACCAGGGUGUACCCCAACUCUCACCCAAUGUCAGCUGGGGUUGGCUUCAGUCCCUGCGACCCUCAAGGAUAAGCGGGAUGGAUGGAUUAUAUUCUUAGAAUCUGUCUGUAUGACCAUAUCUCAGAUCUGUCACCUUCAUUUCAUCAGCUACUUUAAAAGUCUAUGUCUCACAGCCGUACAACGCUAUGGACCAGACAGCAUUCCUGACAAGUCUGAUGUGUCACUGUGUGAUUUAGUUCUCAGCUAAUCAGUUCUGAGGUAUGAAAAAGAAGACGGUUAUUCCAUCUUGUUUCUGAUGUAGUUGUCUACUUGAACUUCAGCUUUUCUUCCCUACAUAACUUUGGUCUAAAGUAUAACAUGUAUAACAUGAGUCAACCUUGAGGUGGAGUUGUGAGGUUUUCAGGUAACAUCUUUGUCUGAAUGUGAACAGUGAUAUAUGUCUGAAAGCACUGUUGUUUUUGACGCAUGCAGCAGCAGCAGCAGCAGCACAGUACCUGUGUGGGUCAGUGUGGAGCUCAGUGCUGCUUUCUGAACGUUUUCCUCCCAACAUGUCAGAAGACGUAGAACUGUUAAUGUUAAUUUACUGUACACUGAAGUAUAUUCACGGUGAAUAAUCCUCAUCUACGCGUAUGAAAUAUAAUCAAAGUAACAUUUAACUACUCUGUACAGCUUCAAGGAUCACCAUCAUCACCAUGUCCUCAGUAGUAUACCUCAGUCUGUCGUUGAGAGCAGGGAGCAGCUGGUUGGUGACCCAACCUUUAGCCAGAGGUGACAGGAACUGCUGACACUGAUCACCGGUGGAGCUGUGAGCUGAAAGGAAGCCAUAUAACUGGUCUGCAGGUUAUACAGCCCCUUCACACCUGCCAUAAAACCACAAUACACUGGGCCCCUCUCACUUUUUAGCAGUAAAUAAAGUCAAGAAUCUGUAGUUUCUUCAGGCACAAACAAGAAGGCCUGAUGUUUAAAACCUGAGCAGAAACAAAGGGAAACUAUUCACCAUCCAAAACUAAAACAUACACCUGCUAACACCACAGAUACAGAACAGUGAAGAACAGUGGUUCAUGAGGGAGAUAAAUAUUUGGUGGAGUGAUCAAUCAUGUUGUUGUUAGACUUCUGAUAUGGACCUUUGACUUUCAGAAUAAAAGCGGUGGGGUAUGAUAGUGUUAAGGUGAUGCUAACAUUGAAUCAAAACUGACAGAUGUAUUUUGACACACAACAGAACUUGGAUAUUAGCUAACAGGCUGUGACUCGCUUACUUUCAGUUUAUUAAGUACAGAAUAUGAGAUAUUAUUCUUCACUAUUUCUCGUGACAACAGUCGUCAGUCUGUGCUUUCAUUUCAGUUUCCCUGAGAUUUACGUUUAUCACACGUUUUAUAUUCAACAUUCAGACUCAGACUGAGGGAUGUGGAGGUUGUGGCGAUGGAUCGGAUGUCUGACUGUCAUGCUCCUGUUACAGUUAACAUUCAGCUCGCAGUACAUUAACCACAAUCUCUCAUUACCAUUAACCACACGAAGAGGUAGGAAGCAACGACUGAAAAAAAGUCAUCAAAUGAUUUUGCAGAAUCACUGACACUGAAUAGCAUCACAUUAUUUUCAAACUGUUUUUUACUGAAUUCUAAUUCUACAUUUUUACUCUCAAUGUCAGAUGUAUAUUCUUAAACUGCACAGCAGCUCAGCAGCUGUUCAACAGUUUAUUCAUCCAUUCACUCAGCUUAUCGAUGCAUGUUUGGAUUUCUGAUAUUUGUAUCAUAUGACACCAUAGAGCUCUGAAUACCUCAACAUUGCUGGUUUAAAACUCAGUUGUAUCAAGGACUGAAUGUAGCUCUAGGCGGACAGAUUCCUCUCAAAAAAAUCUACAUUUUAAAAAGAAAAAAUCUGUAAAAAGAAAGUGAAAUGAGCUGACUUGACUCUUAAAUAGCCAUCAUUACUUACCCACAUUAUCCUAUAAUUACCCUACUGCUCUCUUGCAGUUUACCCACAAAUAACAGAUUAUCAUCAGCAAAUAGUAACAUGAUGCUGGAUUCAUCUCCACAGGGACGUCAGAGGUCACAGUGAGCUGACAGGGAUUCAGUGUCACUGCUGCAGGGUGAAGUCAGGGAUGUUGAGCUCCUUUCAAACCUGGACUGUUGGUUGAUAAGUGUCCUGUUAUUUUGACGCCACGAGCUCAGCUACUCAGUAAAAAUGUAACACGAUCAGUCAGCUUUGAUUACAUUCAUGCUGUUUUGUAUUACACUGCACCCACACAACGAUGAACUUCAACAAAGGCUGUGUCCAAACCACCACCACCCCACCCCCGCUCUAACAAAU